UAAAGGUUAUGCUAAUUAGCAUUUGUAUUAUUUAAUGCUCUAACAAAAACAUAGAACUAUUGUCCCCAUGCUCUGGUAAGAGUGUAUUUGCAGAGAUGCAUUAACUCAUUUCAAGACUAAUUUAAUUGGUUAUGUAUUUUAAGACCUUUACAACUUGUUCCAAGUAAAAGCAGAGUACUCAUUCCUUUUUCAUGAGUUACGGACUUUUCUUCUUAAUUCUAAGAUGGACACUUUUAUCAUGUUCCAGACUUGGAAGAAAUACUUAGUUUUGCAAGAUUAAAUCUUUUCCAUGGACUCUACGUUACUUUAAAGAAGAAAAAAACAUAUAUAUAUAUAUAAUGGAUUACAGCACUAUCCCAGUGGAUGAGUGGCAAGAGAGCCAUGUUAGCAACUGGUUGAGUUCUAUUAAACUAAAGAAAAAGUACAUUGACAAGCUAUUUAAUGAAGAAGUAACUGGAAUUGUGCUCAUAGAACUUUCUGAAACCUUUUUUAGAGAAACCGUUUGCAUGAAAGAAGGUCAAAUAUCACUUCUCAUCAAAAAGAGGAAUGAGUUAUUAAAGGAAAGAAGUUCACAUAUUGCUAUAACAGUAGAUACUCUAGAUAAUUCUAAUCCCACAGUUGAAGAACACAAUGUACUUCUUAACAAAUUAAAACCUAUAAAAGCACAGGAAGGUUCCCCAAAUAGUCAGAAGAAUGGCACAGAACAACCAAAUAAUAGCUCAAACUUGGCAAACACUGGUAAAAAUACAGAACAUUUACUAGACUCGAGGCUAGAACCAAUACUUCAGAGUCAUUUUAGACCGUUUGAUAAUGAUGAUAUUGAAUUCAAAUAUGUGAGAAAUCAGAUCCUUCCAUCUGAAAUUGGGGUAACAGAUCUAGUUACCCCUUGCCACGAAUAUAUAUUGUUUGCUAUGGAAGCAACUUUGGGGAAAAAAAAACUUCAAUCAAAAUUUGCUUAUGAGGUUUUCCGAUUUGCUGCUGCCUGCAUGAACGUUAGAACAAAUGGUACCAUACACUUUGGAGUAAUGGGUAAAACGGAGGAUAAAAACUUGCUUCCUGGGCAGAUAGUUGGCAUUCCAGUAAGUGAUAAGAGUUGGUAUAGUGAUGCUUUGGACUUUAUAAAAGAAUGCUUUAGCCCUACAGAAUAUGCAGCUCUGUGUUGCAUUCGUCCACCUAAGUUCAUAGCAGUUGUUCAGGAAGACUCAGAAGCCCAACUAUUUGCUGUUGAAGUAGACAUUGAGUCAUUAUCAAGUUCUGUGGCAGGAAAACUGUUUCAAGUUUGUCUUCCUAUCUUCAAUGAAACAAGCAAAACUGUUUGCUAUGAAGAGAAAACAAUUUAUAGAAGAAUUGGAACACAGUCUGUAGCAGAAGAAAAAUCCGACUAUAGCACACUUAAACAGAAACUACAGACAGAUGACACCAAACGGAAACAAGCGGAUUCCGAGUCCAUAGAAAUACCUGAAGCUCUAGACCAUAAGGUAUCUGUACUUUUUGCCAAUGGCUCACACUGUAUUGAUAACUCCCAGUGGUAUGUAUUGGUUAUAAAUAAAUGUGGAAACAAUCAUUUGAAACACCUAAAUUUUUUAAUGCAAUUAAAUAUAUUAUGCGUUUUCGACUUUGAUGCAGAUUCUGACAGCUCAGGCCUUUGUGCAAAAUAUAAACAGCACCAUGCAACAAAUAUGUAUUCUCUAAUCAGCCACUUUUCUGAAAGUGUAAACUCUAAACAAAAGGCAGUUGACCUGGGCUUAUUUAAGCAAACAAGCUGGAUAUUUUGUAAUGGAUGGAAUAAUAACCUUGAAGAUGACGAACCAUGUGAUGAAUAUACGUGGUUCACAACAAAGAGGAAAUCCUUUAAAAAUGCAGUCUCUUUCAUAUACCGUGAAAUUAUUAAAAUGGGACGUUUCACGGUUCUCUUUCUGUUGUUAUCGCCAGUGGAGAAACCAAUGGUAGAUGCUUUCCAUACUUUUUACCAGGACAUGAAAAGCGUGGAAUAUAUCACGUUUAUUGCAGAACAUGAAGAGAAUUAUAGAAAAUGGGUUGGCUUGGUAGAAGAGUCUUGUAGCAGCGAUGAAAUUGAACAGAGAAGUAUAGUUGGUACACAACUAAGCAUUAUUGAUGCCACAGUACAAAAAAUGCUUCCUACAACAGAUUACCUUAAAAGUAUACCAAAUUCUAAAAACAGAGUGUAUAUUCUUACACUUCCUGAAGCAGAAAGAAUGUAUUCACUUAAUAUAUUGUGCAUAAAUGAGUGCAACCACAUAAAGCUACAUCAUAUGACCAAACAAGAACUAAAAGAAAUUGAAAGUAUCUUUUACAGAGGCGGCAAAAUCAGUUGGAAGCACCUUUGGCUUUCAGACCAGAAACAAUAUGGGGAAAUUAUUGAAAGAGAUGCUUGCAUAGAGGUUGAACGUAUUCUACAUAGUAAAUUACAUAGGGAAUCAGUUCUAGUUGCCAGAAUAAAAAUUGUUCACAAGCCAGGAAGUGGCGGUAGCACUGUUGCAAGACAGAUACUUUGGAAAUAUAAAGAUCAUUUACGGUGUGCUGUAGUGGAUUCUUCAUGCCCAGUUACAACAGUUUAUGAGCACGCUUUGAUGUUCCGGGAUUAUGAUCAAAAAGACAUAAAUGGCAAACCAGUUUUGCUCCUUAUUGAAGACUCUGAUGAAGAAUAUGUAACAGAACUGAUGCAGUGUUUAACCAACGCUAUGUCUUGCAAGAAAAUGUUUAGACCAUGUUUUAUCAUUUUGACCUGCAGACGGUCAAAUGAUCCACAGAAGCUUUGUGCAGCUUCUCCAAAUAACACAGUUGCAAUCACUCACACAUUAAGUGACAAAGAAAGAAAGCUGUUUGAAGAAAAAUCUAAAGAAUUUUCUGUAAGAUUUCCUUCAGAACGUUUUAUGAUUUUUGAUUUGAUGAGGCAAGGAUUUCCAACACAAAACAUUCAUGACUUUGUGUCUCAUGCAAUACAGUUUAUUGACUCUUCUUCUAGUAUAGCAAAACUGAUCAGAUACACUUCACUAUUAAAUCAUUAUGUUCCAAAUUCAUACAUUCCAAUUUCACACUGUGAGGCCUUUAUGGGCUUUGGGAUUUACAUUCAGGCAUCCCUAGAAGAGCCAGCUCAUUUCGAGUUAAAAAAUUAUUUAACAGACCAAUCUCUGGAUAUAUUUGUUGUCAUAACAGACAAUGAAAUGUGGAUCACUGGAAUUUGUAUCUCCCAUUCUUUAAUUGCAGAUCAAAUUUUGAAUUUGCAAUCUAAUGAUUACCCUCAUAGUCAAAUUGCACUUGAUCUAAUUAAAGAAAAUAAUCUUUUUCAGCACAGAUUUGGAAAAGAAGCAUUUUUAAAGUUAGUUAAGAAGUUAUUUUUACAACGUCAUAAAAAAAGCAAGGGUGACAGCAGAGACACUUUAUUUUCACCACUUAUAGAACAUGUUUGGAAAGAAGAAAAAUUACAUAUGAAAGCUGUAGAGCUUUUAAAAUGUGCCUAUGAAAGCUUUGACAAAGAUCCUUUUUUCGCACAACAUAUUGCACGAUUAUAUGGAGAAUUUGAAAUGUUUGAUGAAGCAAUUGCAUGGGCGGAGACUGCUGCAUUACACUUCCCACAUGAUUCAUUUAUUCUAGAUACCUUAGGACAGAUGCACAAAAAAAAGUUUAAUGCAACAGUGGACGCUCAGAGAAAUAACUUCUCUACUGAAGAUGCGGUUAAACUGAUCGAAACUGGUCUUAAAUCCAUGGAAUGCUUUAGAGUGGCACAAAAAGCUGCACGGUUAGAAACUGGCACUAUGAAUACGUCUGGUUUCUUAGGGGAAAUUGACGUUGGAUGCCACUUAAUAGAGCGGCUUUCAAAGCUGAAAGUGUUUUAUAAAAAUUCAGAGCUUUUACCGUACCUUCUGACUGAUCAUUACCCUACAGGUGUAAAAAAACCUUGGAUUCAUCUUCAUGACCAAUUAAAAGCAUUAUAUGAAAACAUAUACAAUGCUAUGGAGUGGGUUUCUGAUGAUGCAGGCUACUUUGAAAAUGACAGCAACAAAGAGCACAUAUGUAUGAGAGAGCAAUAUGGAUCCAGAAAAUGGCUACUCAGGAAAACCGAGAAAUUUGCAACAUUUUUCAGUUUGCAGACAUCAUCUCAGUGGGAUAAUUUAACAUCUUCUUGGCAGAAUAAGAUAAACCAAGUAGUUAGGAGGAUGAAUAUUUACAGAAUUGGAGGUGGGAGUACAACGGCAAUACUUUCUAUUUUGACAGAUUCCAAUGAUGGAACUUCCAUCAUGAAACUAGAAGAAAUAAUUGAUCUUUAUCCAAGAAAUGUUUUGGAAGGAGAAAUAGAGGAUGUGGAUCUCAUUAACUUUCUAAUGACUCAUAUUGCAUUAGGAUGUGCAUUUCCUGAUUCUUCAAAACUUAUGGCCCUUAAAAAACUUCGCAAGCUUAGCAAAAAAUUGAUUAAACCAAAGACGGCAUAUACACCAGGGGCAUAUCUCUUGUUGGUUAUGCUUUUUUGGCCCGAUGAAAGUGUAGACCAGGAACCAGAUCCAAAUAAAGAUAUUAUUUUGACUACUGCACUUCAAGCUGCAAAACGACUGUAUGAAAAACGAAUUAAGAAUGUCCAAGAAAAGAAAAAGCGUACAAAUGUUCAUUUCUUACUGGGACAGGGUGAUUUACUUCAAAAGUUUGUGCACAAAAGUAACAUUGAAAAAGUCAUUCAAGGUCCCUUGAAUGAACGCAAUUUGAAACAGUACAAUGAAGAAAUGUAUAAAGCGAACAGUGAAAACAAAAUGUUAAAAAAAGUUUCUGGCUGGACAGAAAAUGGAAAGAUGUAUAUAACAGGGCACUGUAAAGAAAAAAUUAUUGAAAUUUUACCAACAAAUUCUUCUUUAUUACCCCGUGGAAAUCAUACAGUUUCAUUUUACUUGGGGUUUGCUUUUAAAGGUAUUAUUGCCUACAACAUCCAAGUAAAAUAAAUUGGCUGGCCAUGCAAGUGGAUUUCAACAGGCAUAAAAGUGUGAAAUAGAUAAUUCUAUAAUAUGUUUUAUUCAAGCCAUGGUGCAAUGAUAAUAUACUCUGUGUUUAACCCCUGUAAAUAUGUUGUAAACCAUAUAGUUAAAGGCAAUGAUGGGCCAAUGACAAAAUGAAUAUUUGCAGUCACCAAUCACCAGCUAUAUCCCAGUACUGCAUUGCUACGCCUGGGUCUACCUAGGCAUGUUUUUCUUCAAAGGAUACCAAAAGAACAAAGUCAAUUUGAUAAUAGGAAUCAAUGGAAAAAUCUCGUAAUCGUCAAAGUUUAAUUUUUACCAGCAUGUCCCUUUAACAAUUAAAGGGAUAUGCAACCGCAACAUUUUCUUUUGUAAUUCAGACAGAGCAUUCAAUUUGAAACAAAGUUUCCACUUUACUGCUAUUAUCAAAUUUGCUUCAUCUCGAUGGCAGUCUUUGUUGAAGAGAUACCUAGGUAGGUAUCUGGACUGGAGCACUACAUGGCAGGAAACAAGAUAGCUACCAUAUAGUGCUCCAGACAUGUGCAAGCUCCGGAGCUUGCAUCCCUGCUUUUCAACAAAAAAUACCAAGAAAACAAAGAAAAAUUGACAAUAGACGUAAAUUAGAAAGCUGUUUCAUAUCCCUUUAAUCCAAACUCUGCUAAAUUUACACUUAUUAUCUAUUUUAUUUACAGCCCAUGAAACAGUAGAUGAUUUAUUACUAUUAAUAUUGUGCUACCAUUGGGAGAAAAGCAGAAACCAGGGGUUUUAUAAAUUUGAACCCAUUCCAAUCAAUUUGAAAACCUCAUGAUAACCCAUUAGGGGUUAGCUACAACAAUAGUAGUUAUUGGAAAGCAUAUAUAUUGCUAGCUUCACUAACAAUGAAUGUAUAAUAUCCCUUUAAGCAAUUUUCAUGCCUCAGACCAAGGGUUGUUAGUGUCCUGCACAAUUCUCUCCAGAUGUUAAAGAAUGUGACCUUAGGUCUGAGGAUUCCACAUGCUUUUUAGUGUCUUCAGGGCUUAUGGGAGAGAUGUUUAGAGGGUUCCUCUUAAAGGGAUAUGAAACCCACAUUUUUUAUUUUAUGAUUCAGAUAGAGCAUGCAAUUUUAAGCAACUUUACAAAUUAACUUCUAUCAAUUAGUCUUCGUUCUCUUGGUGUCUUUAUUUGAAAAAGCAGGAAUGUAAGAUUAGGAGCCGCCCAAUUUUUGGUUCAGCACUUGGGUAGCGUUAUGGUGCUCCCCCAGUGUGGUUAUAACCACCACAACUCCCCAUACCUUUGAUUUAUUAACCAAAGUUAAAUAUCUAUCUAAUUGUUUUCUUGAAUAUUGUGUUCUGUUUUUCUUUUUAAUUUCUAAUGAUUUCUUUUGCAUUGCAUAAUCAAAGUUGCUAAUUGUAUUCAAUCUUAUUAUUUAAUUAAUGGGAUAUAAUUAGUGUAAUCACAUGUUGAUUCUCCACAUUGUUUCUCACUGCAUUCUUUGUGAAUAUAUUAUGUUAAUCAUAGAUCAUUGUUUAUAUAUUGCUACUUUAUACACUGAUGUUUAUUAUUGCUUAACUUAUUAAUAAACUGUAUUAACUUGUA